AGUAUUUUUACUAUUUAAAAUUUUAAUACUACUUUUCUUUAAAAAGAGAAUACGUAUUAUGUACGUACAGAAGUGAAAAAAUAUGGCAGAGGUAAAAGGAAGGAAGAAGAUAUACUGCGAUGUUUGCAACACAUUUAUUUCAUCAGAACCAUUACUUGAUAUCCAUAACAAUGGAAAGAAGCACCAAAGAUUAUUGCAAUCUCGUAAAGAGAGACAAGCAUGUACAGAAAGAAGUAUUUACGUUCGUGGCUUCGAAAACAGAAACGCCUUGGAAAAUGAUCUCAAUGAAUAUUUUUCUCGGUUUGGUACAGUAACAAACAUUUUUAUCGACAAGCAAAAGGCUACAUUUGCCAUCGUCGAAUUUGAUUGUCCAACGGAGGCUGAAGCAAUCCUCAAGUCACAACAGCUGCCCUUGUUUUUUGGAAAGCACCUGAUAAUCAAGAAGCGAACAUUGAAGGAACGAUUUCAAGAGAACCCAAAGGAAUCUUAUAAGUCCAGAAAGGAAAAAGAAAGAGCAAAAACGGGUUGUUUUCUCGACGAAGAAGUAAUCGAAAAAAUAAAACAUAUGACAACGUUAGAUGAGCAAAUAUUAGGUGUAACCUUAUCAACGUUUCUCACUGAAGACGAUUUGAAACUAAGACAUCUCAUUGUCCAGUACUUGCAAGAAAUAUUUGUUGAGGUAUUCCCAGCAUGUAGCGUAACCCCGUUCGGUUCAACGACUACAGGACUUGGCUUAAAAGGCGCCGACAUCGACCUAUGCCUUUUGGUAGAGCACGAAGCUUUAAAUCGCGUUCUGGACCACGACGACAGCUUACCAAGCUCUUCUGAUUUUCUUUCCGAAGUGUUGGAAUUUGUUGUCAACAUUCUCCGGCGGUUCGCUGCAGGUUGUCAGAAUGUUGUUGGGGUCAAGACAGCUAAAUGUCCCGUCGUGAAGUUUGUUCACCGUGAUUCUGGGUUAUCUUGUGACCUCAGUAUCAAUAACAGGUUGGCGUUAAGAAAUACUGAGCUCAUUAAAUCCUACGUUGCGCUGGACGACCGCAUUCGACCACUCGCUAUCACGCUGAAGAACUGGGGCGCAGCAAAACGUCUGACCGGAAGUGGUGGUCGCCAAAUCUCAAACUAUUGCCUUGUUCUUAUGCUACUCCACUUUUUACAGCGAACACGCCCUCCAGUUAUUCCUGUGCUGCAGUUGCCACCUGAAGAUGGUGCGAUGGUAAUAGACGAUGCAAGUGCAACAGGCUCGUCACAUUCUGAGGAGAUGUUAAUUGAUGGAUGGGACUGCAGUUUUAUGUCUACUGCCAAAGAGUCGAGCCAAAACAGGGAUUCACUAGGGACAUUAUUGAAAGGUUUGUUUGAUUACUAUGGUACGUUUGACUAUGAAAAUGAUGCUAUUACAAUCCAAAAUGGUGUCGAUCAACGCGUAUUGAAAGUCGGUAUCAAGGAAAGCCUACCGCAAUCGGCCGUUAAUGCCACCUUAUUUAAACUAUCUGCCGUGUGUGUGCAGGACCCACUUGAACUAUCUCACAACUUAACACAGCAUGUUCCUGGUGAAACUCUUCGAACCUUCAUCCAAUAUUGUCGAGAAGCACAUAGAAGUUUGUCAAGUGAUUCUCAGCUAACCACAGAUGAUAUAACGAAAGCAAGUGGUUUUAUUAAACUUUUUUCAUUACCGACUGAUUCAAAUCAAAAGGCGUCGAAAUCUUUUUAUCCCUUUACUAUACCUUGUGUAAGAAGCGAAACGUUUUCUUGUAGUUCGCUUGAACAGACUUGUAAAUUUGUUGUAAAUUUACUAAACAGCGAGUUGAAGAUUGCAAGUGAAUUUCAACCUGAUAUGGGAUGUACGCCAGCUCCAAACACGGUACUAAACCCCGAGUCAAUGACUGAUGAGAAUGCGUUAGACAGUAAUAUGUGUAUGGAUGAAGAUACUGCGAUUAGCGAAGGUCUUUUAUCGACGUCUUCACGUAAGCGGCCACACAGAGCUGAAAACUCUAAUGAUACCAGUGCCAAGAGAAUGAAAAGUUGCGACGAGAGUGGAAACACAGCGUUUAGUUUUCUCUGUAAGGCUUCACAGAUCACGUGGCAAAAUCGAAGACGAGAAAGACGACUUCAAAUGCCAAAGGCAAAGGACGGCACAGCGAACAGUGGUAGGCGUGGCGAAAUAGCCGAAAUGGAAGUCGCCAUUCCUCUUGGAAAAGAAAUUACAGAAACUGGGGAGAAAAGCCUGCAAUCAUUUUCGCAAAACAUUGCAAGUCAAUCGCAUGCCAGUGGCAGUACCAGGCGAAUGGAGGUAUCGUCGCCUUCUUUUGACGCAAAUACUGAUCAAAACACUUCCAACAGUCUACCUGUAAUAGAGUUUAGACUGACCAUCAGUGAACAUGCUGGUAAAAGGUCAAGCUCUAUGUUUAAUCAGCAAUGUGAUGUAGUUUUGACCCACUUAGGGGGGCCCUUGCAACAAUUUGCCAACUUCUAUGCGUUCUUUAAGAAAUAUGUUGCACACAAAAUCACUGAAAGUUGUGCAUGAUUUUAAAAACGUGUUAAAUACAUGGAUAAAGAAAUUCUUGAU